AUGGUAUUGUUAGCCCGUUCUCCUCCCGCUGCACUCGUCCCGUUUCAAGGGCACACUGCCUUCCCCAUCUACAUCUCGUUUUUCAAGCCAUGCUCGUCCAGCCACGUCCCUGUGGGGUCUGACCUCGCGCGCGGCGUCAAAGUUCUAGCUGUUCUAUACGAUGGUGGCGAGCACGCCAAGCAGCAACCCGACCUGCUUGGUACCACGGAGAACGAGCUUGGCAUCCGCAAGUGGUUGGAGGACCAAGGCCACACACUAGUCACCACCUCUGACAAGGAGGGCGAGAACUCUACCUUCGACAAGGAGCUGGUAGACGCUGAAAUUAUCAUCACAACCCCAUUCCACCCUGGUUACCUGACUGCUGAGCGUCUCGCCAAGGCCAAGAACCUGAAGAUCGCCAUCACUGCUGGUAUCGGUUCCGACCACGUCGACCUCAACGCCGCCAACAAGACCAAUGGCGGUGUCACAGUUAUCGAAGUUACUGGCUCCAACGUCGUGUCAGUCGCUGAGCACGUCGUCAUGACCAUCCUCGUCUUGGUCCGCAACUUCGUUCCCGCCCACGAGCAGAUCGAGGCUGGCGACUGGGAUGUUGCCGCCGCCGCCAAGAACGAGUACGAUCUUGAGGGCAAGGUUGUCGGUACCGUCGCCGUCGGCCGUAUCGGUGAGCGUGUGUUGCGCCGUCUUAAGGCUUUCGAUUGCAAGGAGCUUCUGUACUUCGACUACCAGCCCCUGAAGCCCGAGGUCGAGGCCGAGAUUGGCUGCCGUCGUGUUGAGAACCUCGAAGAGAUGCUUGCUCAGUGUGACGUUGUUACCAUUAACUGCCCCUUGCACGAGAAGACCCGGGGUCUCUUCAACAAGGAGCUCAUUUCCAAGAUGAAGCCUGGCUCGUGGCUCGUCAACACAGCCCGUGGCGCCAUUGUUGUCAAGGAGGACGUUGCCGAGGCUCUCGCGAGCGGUCACCUCCGAGGAUAUGGUGGUGACGUUUGGUUCCCCCAGCCUGCCCCCAAGGACCACCCUCUGCGCACUGCCAAGAACCCCUGGGGUGGUGGCAACGCCAUGGUCCCUCACAUGUCCGGUACCUCGCUCGACGCUCAGAAGCGUUACGCCGACGGCACCAAGGCCAUCCUCACCAGCUACCUCACCGGCAAGCACGACUACAGGCCCGAGGAUCUCAUCGUCAAGGACGGUGACUACGUAACAAAGGCUUACGGCCAGCGGAACAAGGCCUAA